AUGACCGAGCCGUGGAGGGACCCCUGCUUCGACCCCUCGGACCUCUCAUCCAAGCGGGAGUGGGAGCAGAUCGGCGACGGCAGCUUCGGAAACGUGUACAAGGCGUCGCUGCUCGGCACGAGCGUGGCGGUGAAGGAAAUCGGGAACCUGAAACCCGACCGCGUGGCCGGUCUUAAGCGUGACAUGUACUAUCUCAGACGAUUUCCCCACCCCAACAUCGUCGCGGUGUUCGGCGCGUACGAGGAGGACGGAAAGCUCUUCAUGGUCAUGGAGUACGUCAGCAACUCGCUCCGCUCGAGGAGCGUGGUGAACAGGGUGGACGUCGUGAGGGUGCUGAGCGACGUGGCGAGGGCGCUGGUGAGGCUGCACGCGGCGGGUCACGUGCACAGGGACGUCAAGGCGAGGAACGUGCUGAUAACGCGCGGGUACGAGACGGCCAAGCUCUGCGACUUUGGUUUGGCGAGGACAAUGCCGGGCGACGGCGCGCGGGACGACGUCAACCCCGAGCUCACGCCGAGGAUAGGACCCCCGAAGUACCGCGCCCCCGAGGUUGUGAAGCGACGGGACUACGGCAUCAGCUCGGACAUGUACGGCUUCGGGAUCAUGUGCCAGCAGCUGGUCAAGGAGCUGAAGAAGAAGCGGCGCCGGGCGAUGGGCGAGGAGGAGGUUGACUUUAUCCUCAACCUUGCCUCCGAGUGCCUGAGAAAGGACCCGGCGGCGCGGCCCACCGCGGGCGAGUGCCUCAAGCGCCUGCUCGAGUACCGCGGCAGGUCGUUGCAGCUGUGCAGCAGGGAGACGGCGAACAAGCGCAGGUCCUACUGGAUCGACGCGCCCAUGGACGUCGGCACGUUUAAGCACGCGGGGAAGGAGCCCACCGCGUCCAGCGACCGCUCAUCCUCGGACUCGCCCGGGGACGACGCGCGGGGUGGACGCCGGGGUGAGGACAGCGAGGUGGGACGCGCGGAUGGGGCGCGCGGCGAUGGAGGGGUGGCGCAUGGCGACGAGGAGGAUGAGGUCACCGGCGGCGGAGCGCCCAAGCGGCGGAGGGUGGACGUCGAGAGCUGA